GAAAAAAGGCAUCCAGGCCAUCUCUUCAGGUUACGCGAUACGUGCUCGGCCACUGGCCCACUGUGUGUAUAGUCACGGCUACGGCUGUUAGAGGAUCUAUUCGAAUUGAGCGCGUGAAAGAAAAGAUAUACAUAUACGAAGGACAGCCAGCAGGAGGAUUCAGCUGGGGUUUCCUUUGGAAUCGGCGAUUGGGCGAACACGGGGAGCUUGUAAUGAAAGGCAGGAUGCGCUCGGGACCGGACGUGAUGUUCUUCGCAUACAGAAACAGUUCCAGAAACGAAGGAAACACCGUCGCAUGGACUAUGAUGAUUGGUACCCCUCCAUCAAGAUAACCGUGUCCUAAGUAUGGCAUGGUAAGAAGACGACACCGGAUAGGUUUUUAUGCCUUCUCAACUGUUUGUGCAUUUAUUUAUGACGCGAUACUAAUUUCGUUCUGAUCAAGCCGGAGAUUGCUGGUCUUUUAAGAUCUUCCUAGGGUUUUAUAUUUUAUUGUCAGGGCACGUUGUUAAAUGUAUUUGCAUGGAAACAUAACCUAAGAACGUAUCUUUUUGCUUGGAAUUUUAAUUUUCUUUUAUUUGGAACUUUCUGAAAUCGAAUUUUGACGUUUCGUUUGAUUUUGAAUUUAAAUAAGGGCUUGAUCAAGGUCUUUUUGCACAAUCAAACUGAUAUUAAUAGUUUUACAAGUAUUACAAAUUACAAGUCAUCUGAUUAUCCUAUUUAGUGAAAAAUUAUAAAAUCAUAAGGAAGAAGUUUAAAAUUUAUUGCUUCUAACUUGUUAAUUUUGUUUUAAAUCUUAUUAACAGUAAAUUAAGACAUAAUUAAUCAGGGCAGGGACUACAAAGUGGAUAAUAAAUUAUGUAAGAAAAGCAAAUAGUAAAUCGGUGAUUGAAAUGCUGCGUGCAUUCAACCGUAAGGAAGAUUUUUGCUGGGAAAAACGAUAGAAUAAAAUGAAACGAUCAAUACCUAUCAACGAGACUUUCUGUUGCAACCUAUACAGGUGAACAUAGAAUGAAGUAAACGCGCGUUAAGAGUUCAUAGACCCAGUCAGCCUAUUAUUUCAGUUUAUGCAUUUGAAUUUGCGCGUGUCAAUUGGACGACAUGUAAAUACUAUGUGUUUUACAUUUCUUGAUGCUGUUUUACACAUUCUCUUGAAAAUGUUGUAUCUCUUUUGUAUGAAUAAUACGAUUCUUUUUUUACGAAUGCUGCAAUUUUAAUCGACUUUUAAUCGAAUAAUACGAUGUUUAUUAUAAAGUUAAGAUUGUGAAUGAUUAUAUGAAUUAAAUGAUAGAAGAUUGCAGUACAAAUUAUAUGAAUGAUAUUUAAUCGAGUAAUACGAUUAUUAUAGUAAACGGAUAUUUAUGUAGAAUUAAGAUAAUUCAUGUAAAUUACGAAUGUACAUUCACAUAUUUAGGCAUUAUGUUUUAUACAAACAUGAUGAAUUUCUUAUGCUAAUAAACGCAGAAAACUAUUUUACAUAAAAAAUCAAUGAUCUAACUUACACCAUUCGGAUUUUCAGCCAAUCAUAUAUACGUAUACGAAAAGAAACAUAUUUCCUUAUCUUCACAGACUCUUAUGAUUCUUCUUGCAUCCCAUUCAGACUCCGGAAGUAGCGGCCACGUCACCGUGUUUCCCAGAAAUACAAAAUUCAUAUUACGUCAAUUUAAAAAUCGAUUAUUAUUGACAGAAGAUCGUUUUCUCGUGACGUGCGUGCGUUAAUGGGAUACGUGUCGCCAAGCGUAAAACAAUAGCACGGGUUUCUGUCCUUCUCUGAUUCAGCGCUAGGAAUCGGUUCCUCGCUAUCCUUCGAGAGAGAGGACCCCGUCUCUGUUAGUGCGUGCUUUACCCUCACCGAUGACACUUUGUUCGGGCUCCGCGACAAGUUUCACUUGUUGCCACGAAUUUCCAUUUUGUCACUUCUCACAGCGACAUGCGUUUAUCAAACUUCUUUUAACUCUGUAAAAUCUCAUUCUUACACAUAUCUUUCUCUUCUUUACUCUCUUUUUCAUUUCAUUUCGUAUUUUCGCGUUACAAAUGGAGAAGUGGAUCGUUCUUCGUGUAAUAGGAAUUUCAGUAUUGAUUUCUUCACUUGGUUGGACUAUCAUUGUUCAUUUGUGAAUUGUAUGAUAAAUUGUGAAUUUAUUAAGACACUAUUAUUAUUCAAUUUUGUUCUGUGAUUAUCAUCUCUCGUGAUUUAUAUCCUGUGAAAUACAGAAUUGGUAAAGGAUUGUUUGAAGAAAUGAAUGCGGAGGAAGUAAAGGUUGGAUGCUUUCAAGUAGUCAUCGUGCUGUUACUUGGCAUCAAUUAUGUCAUCGUUGCAAUGAGCCACGCGCUCCCGGUGUUUCACAAUUAUACGCCUAAAUUUUAUUGUCAGCCAAAGAAUGGAACGAAACGAAUAUAUGGUUGCCAAGAGCUUGGCAACGUGACUGUUGCAGUUAACGAGACUUCCGGUCUUAAGGAAUCUUCGAGUACAGACUUGUGCUUCAGCAAGUAUCAAUUUGCAACUGAAUUCGGAGAAAAUAGCGUAGUAACAGAAUGGAGUUUAGUUUGUGAGAAACGGUAUUUGACGUUUCUUGGACCGACAGUUUAUUACGUCGGGGUUUUAAUGGGCGCUUGUAUCGCUGGACUUUUAGCAGAUCGAAUAGGAAGACUUCCGGUUCAAGCGAUUUGCCUUUAUACUCAGGGCACGAUGGCUGUCGCACUAUAUGUUGUGCAGAAUUAUCCCACGUUUCUGGCUCUUCGAGGACUACAAGGAGUUUUUGUUCAGGGUCUACAAAAUUCGACGUACAUCCUUUCUUUGGAACUGUUUCCUGUGAAAGCACGGACUUUCGUUGCAUUAGUUAUGCAAAUUGCGUGGGCUAUUGGUUUGAUGCUCUUAGCCGCACUUAGUUACGUUAUACCCGAUUGGAGAAUUUUACAAUUAGCUGUCUCAGUUCCCACUGCUGUAACUGUGCUCUACAUUUGGAUAAUACCAGAAUCACCAAGGUGGCUACUAGCAAAGGGUAAAAUCACGGAAGCAGAUAUGGCAGUGGAACGCAUCACGAAAUACAAUCUCUGUUGCACUAGAUCGCGAAGGGAAAAUGUUAAAACGGAGACAAACAUUUCCGAGAACGCGACGCCGGUUAAACCGGAACGAAAGUCACGUGUUUCGUGUGCAGACCUAAAGAAAUCGAAAACCGAUAGCGAAGUGAAAGAAGAAGCUGCGAAUUUACUAAAUAGCAACACGGAUGCGGCUCAACAAAAAGUUCAAAAAACGAGUUUGAGAGAAAUAUCUGAAUACUUGGAAAGUAAGCUGCCUAAAACGGAAUCGGAACCGGACUCUGCACAAUGUGAGAAUGGAGAAACAAAUAAGAGGAAUGGUCCAUCGAAGUCGAAGAGCCAUCGGAAGUCGAAAUCGAUAUCACAGUCUGCUGGUAAUCAACGACUUUCCAUGAAAAAUACUUACGACAUCGUAGAGCUACGUACCCCAGCGAAAAAAGAAAUGUCAAAUAAGGAUGACGAGAAGAAAUUUAGCAAAGUCAAAGAAAAAUCUAGUAACGCGCAAACGAAAGAAGAAUUGUUAGAACUAUUUAAAUCCAAGCUGUUAAAAAAAUAUGGCAUUGUGAUCAUUUAUCAAUGGUUCACGUCUUCUAUAGCGUGUUAUGUCUUCAUGACGCUCGAGCCGAAUCUUUGGGCGAUCAAUAGACACGUCACUUUUGCGCUAGGAGGAGCGUUAGAAAUUGCAUCUUACGUGUUUCUCUACUUCAUAUUGUCUAGAUAUGGCAGACGACUACCGAUGUCAGCGUAUCAAUCAAUUACUGGUGCAAUUUGCAUCUUUUUUGCAGCUAUAAUUAUCUUUUCAAAUUCCACCAUUACAUCCAAUCUCAUGAAGACCAUUAUGUCCUUGCUCGGAAGAGUAGCAGUGAUGAGUACCGUUUCCAUAACAUAUUUGUAUACGAUUGAGAUAUUUCCAACUGUUGUGCGAGGAACCUGCUUAGGCUUGUGCACCGUUUUCGCGAAAAUUGGCAGUUUGUGCACGCCACACAUACUAUCGGGAGAGCAUUUUCCAAUAACCAUUCCAUUAAUAAUAAUUGGAAUGCUCUGCUUAGGAUCUGGAGUAGUUGCUUUAAUUUUACCAGAAACUUUAAGUCAAGUUUUACCUGACGCGAUAGAGGAUUCCGAAUUGUUGACUGUAAAAAGGAGAGAAAAGAAGAAUAAUGAGAAUUUAAAUAAUGAAGAUGCAUCUACUACUGAAGAUGCUUCAGAACGGGAGAUACUUAGAGCAAAAUUAUUCUCUGAAGAUUGGGUGGACGCAGGAAAUGGUAUAUUAGUGAAUUUCUCGGAAAAUAAAAAUUCUGAAUGAAAUUUUUAAAGUUUUAUAUAGAAGAAAUUAAUGCCACAUUUUUAUAUCGAUGAAUUAUAACCGACAGUUUGACGAUCAUUAUGAUUAUUGACGUUCCGUUGCAAAAUGUGAUUAUUUUGUAUUAUUUAUCGCAAAGAUUUAUUGUUAAUGAUAUCUUUUAUUGAGUUGGAUUAUGUGUAAUUAAGGAUUUAAAAUAAUGAUUUAAUUUAUAAUUAGAAAAUAUUUUAUAUAUGAAUUUAAAUUGCAAGGGUGAAAAAUAAUAUAAUAUUUUUUAUAAAUUUA